CAGCGCAUCGAUUGCGAACUUCAAGCUCGCCAUCCUCGGCCACAAAGCCCGAGAACUACCACCAGCACCCACGCCUUCAUUCCCACCCUCCAAACCUGAACCCCAACCUAAGCGGCCAAACGGCAACAACUCACAAUGGCCCCAACAGCGCCCGCCCCGGCGAAGCGCCUCACCGCACGGCAAAAGGCGCGCGCGCGCCUAGCCGACCCCCUGCUGCCGCGCAAGCUGCACCGCGAGAACAACGUCGUGUCCGACGGGUUCAUCGACUCGAAGCGCGACAAGCGGCUGAUCAAGCACUCGUCCUUCCUGUCGCGGGUAGCCAAGUCGUCCAACAAACCCGGCAUCGGCGCCAAGCGGCAGCAGCGGCGGCGGGCGUCCAAGAAGCUGGUGGCGACGCUGGACUCGCUCGGGGACGCGCUCGACGACAUCCGGGUCGGGAUGGACGAGGAGGCGGCGGCGGGCGGGGGCGCCAUGGACGCCGAGCAGGCCGCGCAGGGCAAGGUGCGGCAUAAGAGUCUGAAGAGCAGGCCGGGGGCGCUGAAGCGCAAGGAGAGGCUGGUCAAGGGCGAGAUGGAGCGGUUUGGGCGGAGUCUGGCGCAGCUGGCGAAUAUCUCGACGACUUCCGCGGAGGGGACGACUUCCGCGGCUGCUGGUGGGAGUGCGGCGCAGGAGAAGAUGGAUACGGAGGGAGAGACACAGACCGCGGGGGCGGCGGCGGCGCAGCCUGCUACGGCUACGUCGGGUCGAUGGGCGGCGUUGCGGGGGUUUAUUUCUACGACGAUGGAGCAGAAUCCCGCCUUCUUAAACAAGACGUGAAUAUUAAAGGCACAAUGCCAAACAGCAUACAAGCACGAAAAG